CUCUUCUUCAUAUAUGUGUGUCUGAGUAUAUAUUCUUCUAGAAAACUAGAUAAUAGAAUGUGGGUCUGUAUCUGAAUCCUUAUGUAUAUAUAUAAAUUCCCAAAUAAAUGUAUAAACAAAUUGGUGUGAGAUAGAUUGAGAGGACUUGGUUUUUGCAGGCAUGGUUUGUGGGUUUUGUUGGCUUAUGUGGAAUGUUGGACAUAUGUCUUUGCAUGCAAGCUGAUUCAUUUCUGGAUUCUCUCUCUGGGUACUUGUUGAUAAUUGUGGUUGAAGUUUGUGGAUUCAAUGUAUUGGGUGAGAUUGCAAAUUAGGAGUUGAGUUUCUAAUUGAUUCUGAGGGUUGGUGAAUGGGUGCUCAGAAAAUGGGAUCUCAAGGUGGUGGUAGUGGCGGUGAUGGUGGUGAAAUCCAAGAGCAGAAAUCGCAUGCAUUGUCCCGGCAAGGGUCCUUGUACAGCCUCACCCUAGAUGAGGCUCAGCAGCAAUUAGGGAAUUUGGGGAAACCACUUAGCAGCAUGAAUCUUGAUGAGCUUCUCAAGAGCGUGUGGACCGCCGAAGCUAAUCAUGGAAUGAGUGGGAUUGAUUAUGCAGCUUCACAGCAUAACCAACUUGCAUCAGUCUCCGCUCCACAUCGGCAAUCGAGCCUUACUCUGUCUAGGGAUCUGAGCAAGAAGACUGUUGAUGAGGUGUGGCAAGAUAUUCAAAUGGGGCAAAAGCAGAAUAAUCUCAAUAGGAAAGCCCAAGAAAGACAAACCACUCUUGGGGAGAUGACAUUGGAGGACUUCUUGGUUAAGGCAGGUGUGGUUGCUGAAUCUUCGCCAGGGAAAAUAAAUUCUGGUCUUGUUUUAGGGGCCGAUCCAAUCGCAUUGCCCCAACAACAAGCUCAGUGGAUGCAAUACUCCUCAAUUCAUCAGCACCAACAGCACCAACAACACCAGAACAUGCUAGCUGUUUUCAUGCCGGGCCAUUCAAUUCAACAGGCUCUUCCUAUUGGUGUGAACCCAAUUAUGGAUUCGGCUUACCCUGAAACCCAAAUGACCAUGUCGACAUCCCCUUUAAUGGGUACAUUAUCGGACACUCAGACUCCCGGACGGAAAAGGGUUGCCCCCGGAGAUGUUGUUGAGAGAACUGUUGAAAGGAGGCAGAAGAGAAUGAUAAAGAAUAGGGAAUCGGCAGCCCGGUCAAGAGCGAGGAAACAGGCUUACACACAUGAGCUGGAGAACAAGGUUUCACGUCUAGAAGAGGAGAACGAAAGGCUUAAGAGACAGAAGGAGUUGGAGAAGGUAUUGUCGAGUGUACCACCUCCGGAACCAAAGUAUCAGCUCCGGAGAGCAAGCUCGGCCUCUUUCUAACAUAUCGUGUUUUUUUGGUUUGAUGUAUGAAUGAGCCCUUAUAUGUAGAUGCAUAUUAUUGUGUUUGUUAUAUGCCAUUUCUAGUUUUCAUUAGCUAACCCUAGUGUUCUCAAAACUUCUCCAAUUAUUGAUUGCUAGUGUUGGUCUUUUGUUUGGGUUAGAAACUGCCUUCGGGAACUUUUCUUCCGUAGCAGCUGCUGCCACCUUGAUACGCUUAAUCUGCUACUGCCCUAGGCUGCUGUUAUCUUAGCCCAUUCAGUCAUUUCCUUGUAUGAUGUACAUCUUAUAGAUUCAACUUGGGAGUUUAUGCGUCGCCAUUGUUUUCGGUAUUUUGUAUUUUGUAUUUCCUUAUUUAUUUUUAUUUUUUUACAUCAAUUUUAGCUUGUCUGCCCAAGUUUUUGUUUUGUUGCAAGAUAUUCUUAAUGGACAUAUAUCAUUGGUUGAAGGCCUUGUUUGG